AACGCAAGUACUCUCCCGUGCCCUUCCAUCCCUGUCCGGGUGGAAACAAACUUACACUGUUAAAACCUUAAAAGAGAUGUGAAUUUAUUUUUAUUUUAAAGACAACACAUCUCCCUACAAGAUUAAGAUAUUGGAUAAAAUCCGAGGGACUCAUCUUCGACUGAAGCGCUCCUGACCUGACUGAUUUCCCCACGUUGUAAAGAAUCUGCGUCAGAGUUUAAGUACUGUUUGACAUCACCGCUCCCACGUGUUCUGUGCCAUCCAGCAGCGGCGGCACCCUGACCCCGACCCUCAGCCCCCAGACUCCACCUGCAUUGCAGUCCCCCAGCCUCUUACCAGUCGGAUGCGAGAGCCUGUGGUUAAGUAAGAAAUCAGGCCUCACUGGAGACAGACGUUCAAGCAAAGGCUGGACAACCACUUUUCCAGAACAAAAAGGAAACUCAUGCAUCAGAAAAGGUUUGAGCUCGAUGACUGAUAAGAUCUCCCUUUACUAUUAAGUUUGCUGGUACUAUAAUAUGUAUCGUUUGGCACAAAACUAAACAUUGCUAUCAUCAUUCAUAAGAGGUGACUAAUAAACAUACCAAAAGAAUAUGGCUGCACAAAUACCAGAAUCUGAUCAGAUAAAACAGUUUAGGGAAUUCCUUGGAACCUACAAUAAACUUACAGAAACCUGCUUUUUGGACUGUGUAAAAGACUUUACAACAAGAGAAGUAAAACCUGAAGAGAUCACCUGUUCAGAACAUUGCUUACAGAAAUAUUUAAAAAUGACACAAAGAAUAUCCAUGAGAUUUCAAGAAUAUCAUAUUCAGCAGAAUGAAGCCCUGGCAGCCAAAGCAGGACUCCUUGGUCAACCACGAUAAAGAGAAAUCCUGAUGGAUGGACUUUCGAUGAAAGAUUGCCAACAGCUGUUGCACUGGAAAUGAGGAUUCAUGUGAUGGAAUCCCCUGAAAGCAGUAGGCACCAUGUUAAACCACCUGUCAUGACUCUUUGGCAAUGGAAACCAAUGAAGAAACAACAUCGCUGUUCACCAAGAAUAAUAAAAUAGAAGAUCUUAUUGUUCAGAGAAAAUAAUAAGAUACAUUUGUUGAGGCCUUAAGAUUCUGCAGCUUGGUCCCUUAAUUAGAAAAAUAAACCAUUGUUUCUUCCAUUGUGACUGUUAAUUUUAAAGCAAAAUAUCUGUCCAAUCAUGUAUGAGAUAGAAAAAUUUUUAUUCUAAAAGUGAAAUAAAUGGAAAUAUCACUAA